ACCAUGGCUUUCCCGCCCGGACCUGCACCCGGCGCGAGGCGGGCCAGCUCUGAUAGCCUCGGGGGCGAUCCGGACCUGGAAAGCGGAGGGGAUCCGGUGCGGUGGGUCCGGGUGGUUGGUGUGCGGGGAUCCCGGGCGGAUGGCUGGGAGCCCGGGAAGCGUCCUCUGAGCCCCGCCCGGACUGUCGCUCAUCUCCACAAACCCACUCCCGCGGCUGUGCGAGCAAAGGGCCCUCGCCUUCCGCGUGGUAUCCUUGAGCUCCGGCCUGGAGGAAGCAACAAGCCGCCAGCGGGGUGGGAGGAUGGCCGUGAGCCACUCGGUGAAGGAGCGGACCAUCUCGGAGAACAGCCUGAUCAUCCUGCUGCAGGGCCUCCAGGGCCUGGUGACCACCGUGGACCUGCGGGAUGAGAGUGUGGCCCGCGGCCGCAUAGACAACGUGGAUGCUUUCAUGAACAUCCGCCUGGCCCAGGUCACCUACACAGACCGGUGGGGGCACCAGGUCAAGCUGGAUGACCUCUUUGUGACAGGGCGCAACGUGCGUUACGUCCACAUCCCGGAUGACGUGAACAUCACCUCCACCAUCGAGCAGCAGCUGCAGAUCAUCCACCGGGUGCGCAACUUUGGCGGCAAGGGCCAAGGCCGGCGGGAAUUCCCCUCCAAAAGCUCUAAGUGAGACUGUCCCCUCAGCAGCUGCAGCCCCAACUCAGGUUCCUCCGGUGGUCUGAGCCAACCCUGCCACCCUCCCUGCCCAGAAACUGAUGUUGAUGUGCCACCCAUAGCUGCCUCUCACGGGCCCCCACUCCCAGGCUCACCCUGGGACCCAGGGCCCUCUCUGGGCCUAGGCCUUGGAGUAGGUGACAGGAUCUCUGAUUUACUGAUGGAGGGCAUCUGGCAGAUAUGGCUCAGCCCUGUCCCAGUGAAAAUGAUGAAGUGACCUCAGCCUGAGCCGCCCCUAGCGUCCCUGCUUCUCCUGCAGGUGUGUUCGUGUUCUUAUAAAGCCCAGCCUGGAUACGCACAGGCCAUGCCUCGCGCUCUCUGCUCUGGGGGGGCCGCGGCAUCCUGUGCUGGGCCUCCGACAAGGCGGCUCCAUGGAAGCACCUGCGCCACCUCAGGUUCAGAUUUACGUGGCACGAGUGUGGCCUGAGUGCUACGGGGCUUUGGGGGGGUUUGGGGUUGUUUUGUUUUUGCUUUUGCUUUCAGUCUCCCAGGGGAUGCUGAUAUGUAUGCAGCCCAGUUUGAGAAUUGUAGGAGAUACUUCGGGCUGUCGGGUGGAAAUGGCUCUUCUUGCACAAGCACCCAGCAUGUUUUCAGGCCACCAGGACCAGAAUUCAGACUGCUGCAGUCAGCCAUGUGGGCUCUCCUUUAACCACCAGGCUAUGGGGCCAGCCCAGCACUCUCAUUUCUUGAGGGAGAGUUGAGAGAGGGGUGUUCGUUUGGGGACCAGUGGCCAAGGCCACUGCACUCGUGUUCUCACUCAGUUCUUUGUGACAGCCUUGUCAGAGCCAGCGGGAAAGUGGGUAGGAAAUGCACUGUCCUGGCCCUGACCCCAGACUCACACCAGAACCCUGGACCUAACUGCACUGGUGACGCCCUCCCACCCACCAUGCUUCUGCAGACUGUAUUUUAGUCACUGACCCGAGGGCCUGGAAGCCCCCUGGACUCUGGCCUUUGCCGUUAGGAGAGAACAGAAAGCUCAGGCAGGGAGGAAACUGCUUCUCUGAGUUUCUAGGCCCCUCUGGCAGCGAGAGUUAAGGGGACUGACACCACAGGUGACUGCUGGUAGGAGAAGCCAGAUGGCAGGCCCAGAGGGAGGGCCUCACCAAGGAAAUGUCCAGGCACCGUCAGUAAGAGGGGAGAGACCUCCUCUGGUGGGAGGCUCCUGCAGCCUUCCUGGCGGGCUCUUCUCGUAUCUGCAUGUGUUUCGCAGCUUGAAGAGCUUACGCUGGGUUCAGGCCUAGGCCUGCCAGGAUGUCCAGCUCUGAGACUCCCACAGUGUUCCAGGAGCACAGCCAGCGAGAGAAGCAGUGAGGCUCAGGACUGCGUCCUUAAGCACCAUGGCCAGACCCGGGGCCUUCUGUCAUUCCUAAGGCCAGACUGGGAGGGGACGCGCAUCUGCCCAGAUUAGAGCACAGUCCUCAAGGCCCAGGGGUAUGGCCCUUUUGUAAUCUGUUCCUAGGUUGCUGGGAAAAGGUCAGUAGGGCCCAGGCAGGGCCGGGGGACCUCAGUGCCCACCAGCCUGGGGAAGCCAGCAACUUCCUGACUGCCACCGUGGGCCACCCACAGGUAAUCCUUGAGCAGGUAUGCACCAGGCCCAGAGAGCCACUGAGGGAGUAUCAGGGCAGGCCAGGGACUUUCCCUCAGGGGCUGACAUUUUAGAAGAUAAACAAAAACCAAAGGAAAUAAACAGGGCCUUUGAGACAGAAUCACGGGUGGUUUUAUCUUGCAAACUGGUAGGUCUGAGGAAGUGGAAUUUAAAGUGAGAAGGAGCCUGCCCCAUAGGGAGCUUAGGAAAGGCAAGGGAAGCUGCCCUGGGGUGAAGGCCUGGGGCUGCAGCUCUACCAGUGCCCUGUGACAGGGAGGCAGGCAGGGGUGAAGUGGCAGAUGGCACAGGGCCUGUGCAAGGAGCGUCUCCAGCUCCAGACUGGUGUGUAGGAAAUAGACCUGAAUUUUCUUUCUUUUUCUUCA